CAUUCGGUGGCGGCUACCUUUUCGUGGUUUUUCUUUUUUCUUUUUUUUUUCUUUUUUUUUUUUUCCUUGGGGAUUCUCCUUUCUCCUGCCAGACUGACUUGCACCUUCUCGAUAAUUUCUCUUCCCCUCGUUUUUUAUACUCUUCUCCCUGCUUCCAAACCCUGUGUCUGUGUGUUUCAGUACUAUCACAACCUCUGCUAAAAAUAGAUCUUUUUAUAUACCCUUCCUCCUCUCUGACCCCAUCCAACACCCCUUGUUAAGGAAACCGUCUUAAACCCAGGGCAAGAAACAUAAAGUCACUUGGCUGUCCCUUAUCUCUAAGGGCACCUGAUGCAUAAGUGGACUAGAGAAAGGAAAGAAAGAAAAACUCCAAAGACCUACAAAUCGUCUUGCUAGCAGGAUGUGAAAGUGGCUGCUGGCUUGUUUAAAGUGAGGAUCAGAAGACUUCUUUCAUCAUGCAUCUUCAGAUCCACAGAUGAUGUUUAAUUGCAGUGCUUGUUUCCUAGAGAACAUACUCAACAUCUUUAGAUUUCUUCCUUGAGAUCACAGAGGGACUGCAAAAACUGACCAACAACAGCAAGUUUUUUGAAAUAUCACUGGUCUUCUGACAAGUUGAAUAAGUGAAGAGAAAAAAAAAAAACGAAGCUGCUUCCAAGUAUUGAAGAUACAAGGCCAGGAUGAACCCGAAGGACUCAAAAGUGUCUGAAGGAGGUCUCAAUGUCACACUUACCAUACGCCUUCUCAUGCAUGGCAAGGAGGUUGGAAGCAUUAUUGGAAAGAAAGGUGAAACAGUUAAGAAGAUGCGGGAGGAGAGUGGGGCUCGAAUCAAUAUUUCAGAAGGCUCCUGUCCAGAAAGAAUUGUGACCAUAACAGGCCCAACAGAUGCAAUUUUUAAAGCUUUUUCUAUGAUUGCACUAAAAUUUGAAGAGGACAUAAAUGCUUCAAUGACAAACAGCACAGUGACAAGCAAGCCACCUGUUACUCUGCGGCUUGUUGUGCCAGCAAGUCAGUGCGGAUCCCUUAUAGGAAAAGGAGGCUCCAAAAUCAAAGAAAUCAGGGAGUCCACAGGAGCCCAGGUGCAAGUAGCGGGGGAUAUGCUGCCAAACUCAACGGAGCGUGCAGUGACUAUAUCGGGCACUCCCGAUGCCAUCAUCCAGUGUGUGAAACAGAUAUGCGUGGUCAUGCUGGAGUCCCCACCCAAAGGUGCCACCAUACCCUACCGUCCCAAACCUGCCUCUGCACCUAUCAUUUUUGCAGGUGGCCAGGUAAGAGCAGACACCAUUUUGGCUUCAGCUGGAAACCACACCGUCUUGGCCCAACCUCAGCCAGCGCCUGCGUUUACAAUUCAGGGGCAGUAUGCCAUCCCUCAUCCAGACGUGAGUCCAGCACAUUUGACCAAGCUUCACCAGUUGGCUAUGCAGCAUCCCCCCUUUACUCCCCUUGGGCAGACCACCCCUGGUUUCCCUGGACUGGAUGCCACUUCUCCAACCAGUUCCCAUGAACUUACUAUUCCCAAUGAUCUAAUAGGCUGCAUUAUUGGCAGACAAGGCAGUAAGAUAAAUGAAAUCAGGCAGAUGUCAGGAGCGCAGAUCAAGAUUGCUAAUGCCACAGAAGGCUCUGCAGAACGACAAGUUACAAUCACAGGAUCCCCCGCAAACAUCAGCUUAGCACAGUACCUCAUUAAUGCAAGCAUAUACUUUCUCAAAUCUGAAUGUCUGGGAGAUGCUAUGCAAUCAAUGGUCCACGCAUAACUGAGAAGAUUCCUUCUAAGACGAAGAAUCAUAUGAAUGGCUAAUGCUAGUAAAAUGUACCCACUACUGCUUUUGUAUGAAUAUUUCCUCUGUUUAUAGUGUGAGCGCUUUAAAAUGAGCAAUGACUAAUUUUUGGCACCACUUUUCUUAGCAGUUGACGUAGGAGUAAUUACUUGCGAUAAAAAUUUAAAAACUGGCAAAUAUUCGAGGGAAACAGGGAGAACGUUACAUUUCCUUAACACCAGUUUUAUGUGGUCUGAAAGGAGAGAAAAACCUGUUCGGGAAGACUUACCACGCAAUGCUAAACGGGAAAAAACGGAAGUAAAGAAAAAUUGCGGUCAACUUACAUCUCACACACACAAAGUUCUCUGUCCCCUUCCCAAGUUCUGUGAUUCCUUUCCAGCACACUUAAGUUAACCAUAAAACCCAGGUUACUUACACUUUAUAGAUCCUUUUCCAAAAGGGCAAACAAGUGGUGGCAUUUUUGUUUGGUUUUUUUUUUCUCCUUUUUUUUUUUCCUUCAAGGUUAAAAUAACUAUGCCAUCUAAAGAAUGGCCCAUAAUUAUGUCCCGUUUGCAUACAGAACACUGACCUGAGGUACAUUCUAUCUUACUGAAAUGCAGUUUAAUAAAUGCAACUAAAUAUAUUAUUGACUGGUUCAUCGUCAAAAUUUUUUUUCAACUUAAUUUUCCUCGAGUGGAAGAACCAUUUGCUCAUUUAUAAAGUGCAUUUAACCAUACACUGCGUUGCAGGCAAACAGCUGACAAAUGCAUGUCAGUCAUUUCACAGAGCUGCAUGAAACUGUUUUUCUCCUUACUGUGUAUAGCAUUUAGAAUCAAUAAAAAUAAGAUUCCGUUACUUACUGUGUUGACCUGUCGCAUUGCCUUCUGAAAUUCAUCCCAUUCCUUGUCCAUCUGAUCCUUCGGAGCAUCAACUUUUCGCACCUAAAGGUGGUGACAACACAGCUUUAGUGAUGAUUUCUGCCUGGCAAGCCACUGGAACACUCUAAAAAAGAACUGGAAAACCAGCACAGAUUGCGCUGUGCUCUCAGACAAACAGGUCAAAAAAUAUGUACAUCACCUAAAAUGAAAUAACGAUGAUAACGCAGCACCACAGCUGCUUUGGAGGAAAAAAUCUGACUACUCUUGGAUUUAGACAAGAAGCUUGGCUAUAGUAUUAAAGAAUAACUGACUAAGAAUGGAUGGUGCGAGGUAUCUGGACUAACGAGAAUGACUAAUCCCAUUAGUUUAACCAUCUGUGAUUUUGCUAUGUCAAGUGAUGACGUAUCAAUUCUUCUGUGAGUUUCCUGUUCAGUCAUAAAUUGGAGCUAUCGCACAGCUCAAGAAGUAGUAAGCUAUUUGUUAUUAGCGUGACACAGAAUGUUAAGUCACUAAUGUUAGGACAGUCUGACCACAUUCCAAACCUCACCUGAAUUUAUUGGCUAACAGAAGAAAUAGAGAGCUACACAGCACUUUUUAUGUAAAGAUUCCGUAAAGCUUUUUGUUCCGUGGCAGACAUCAUGGGACUGCUAAAGUAGAAGCUGCAAGAAUAGCUUUAAGAUUUACAAAUAAGGUAAUCAAAAUCAGACUGUGCUUUUAAGUAAAUUUGCUCAUCUACCUGCAUAACCAAAGCAGCUCAAGGUUAGAAGCUGUGGCACGCAUCACAUAUAGGAAGGAAAAUUAUGCCUGGCUCUGGACAGGAUGGAAAUCAUACUGCUAGGAGAACUAAGCAGUUUGUACAGAAACAUUCAUGACAUCUUUUUACAUCCGCUUUUCUUUUGUUCAUCCCUCUUUUUGGUAACACAACAAUCAUCAUCUCAGUAAAGAGUUUGCUAUGUUAGGUUCUGAGUGAUUAUACAAAACCCAGUAGCAUGAAUUAAGUUUAUAGAAUAUAUUAGAAGCUUCCAGGCAAACUGCAUCUUGGGAAGGCAUCAUUUCCUUUUUCUGUUUUGUGAUUCUUUUUAUCAUGUGUGUAUGUACUGUGUUACUAUGCAUUGUGGUUGUCCUUUGUAAUUCAUAAUUAUUUGUAUUUCUUACAAUAAAUUUAAACACUAAAGCUA